AUGCUUGUGCGAGGGCACGUAAUUCACUUUCUCCGGGAGGUUGGCUUAGUGUACAACCAGCUUCGCGAUGUGGCGUUGGCACAUGUCAAGGCCAUGGAACUGGAAGAGGCCCCUAGCAAGCGCUUUUUCGUGACUGCUGGCUUCUGUAGAAAUGCGGGGCUGGUCAAGAUCAUCUGGGACAGCUUCUCGGAGCCGCGAGACAAGUUGCCGGAUGAGAAUCACUGGGGCGGGGAGCCGAACCCGAACAUGCAGUGUUUUGGUUAUGACACAUCUCGCGCAAUGAGGAUCUUGGGGAUGACCUGGACACCGUAUGAGAACCCGGUAGUGGAUUCAGUCAAGUCUUUGAUCAAAGAGGAAUGA